AUGUUGUACUUCAUCGACUCGCUGACAUCGGGCACGGUGCGGUGGAUCAACUCGCGCAGGGCGCUGAGGGCCUCACGGCGGUCCGACGGCAGGUUUUUCAGGAGGCCCCCAAGCAUGUCGAUAUUAGACGCCCUCUCCGCCGAGCUGACCCACGAAGCCACCGGCACGCUCAAGAUGCUCGAGUCGAUCCCCGGCGAUCAGCUGGCCUACAAACCGCACGAGAAGUCGAUGACCCUCGGCCGGCUUGGCGACCAUAUCGCCGAGAUCCCUGGCUGGUCCGGCGCCAUCUUGGGCAUGGACGUGCUCGAUCUGGCCACCUUUCCACCGCCCGCCGAGCCCACCUCCACGGCUCAGGUGGUGGAGAAAUUCAACGCCAGCAUGACCACCUGGAAGCAGAUCACCGACGCCACCUCGGACGCCGAGCUCGGCAAGGAGUGGAAGAUGGUCAUGGGCGACACCGAGCUGAUCACCAUGCCCAAGGGCCAGGUGCUGCGGGUGUGGGUGCUCAACCACCUGAUCCACCACCGCGGCCAGCUGUCGGUCUAUCUACGCCAGCUCGACGUGGCACUACCGCCGAUUUACGGGCCGACCGCGGAUCACGAGGGGUUCUAG